GUAAUUAUUAUUUUAAUAAUAAUAUUCAUCAAAGUCUAAUCAUAAACAACAUCAAUAAUAAUCAUCACAAUAUCUAAUAACAAAUAGCGGCCUAGCAUCGAGUGUUAACACCUUAGCUUACCGUCAUACAUCACAUAAAAUUUUAUUUGUCAAAACAUCAUUUUUAUUUUAUCACAUAAAAUUUUAUUUGUCAAAACAUCAUUUUUAUUUUUAACAAUUAUUUUUAUAUUGAUCAUAAUUGAUUGGUAUAUAAAAAAAAUAGAAUUUUAUAGCUUCAAAAAUAGCAUUUUUGGGCUUAAAAAUGUUCGUAACGGUUGACCGUUGAGUCCGAACGGUCGCCCGUUCCGCUGGAAAAUGCAGGAAAUUGAAGGUUCACUAUUCAUCAUCUUCAACCUCUAGCCCAUUUUUCUCAAGUUCCAUUUUUGGUCACCAAACUUCAAUUAAACUAUAUAGAAAUGCUCUCCAAGGUUCGUAGAUCAUUUUAGAGGCAUCAAUUCGAAGUUUUAACAUCAAAUUCAAGGUUUAUGAUUCUUGGUUCUUCACAUAUGUCAAACACAAAACUCAACCAAACGACCAUUUAUGAGCGUAGGAACGAUCUAUACGAACAUUCUAGUCACUAGAUAUAUCUACGGGCUUACUUCGAAGUAAAACGAUGAUUCCGGCGGAAAAAUGGCGAAACUUCCGGCGAACACCAUGGCUUGCUCCGGCGACGGGAAGCUCUCCGGACAUCUUCUCUCAACUCUCUAAACUUUCCUCUAACUAAUGGGAUGAUUUUGGUGUGGAGAUGAUGAAGAAUGAAUUCCUCUAUAUAUAAGCCUGGGAGGAGAGGGAGUUGCGUUCCGUUCCGUCGAUGAGGAAGGAUGCCAAGGUGCAAGAACGCUUCCUCGGGUCAAGAAACCGCAGCAGAGGAGAAUGAGAGGCCAUGGCGUCGUGAAGGGAGCAAGUACAUUCACAUUCAAACGGGUCUCGCCUUCAACACUGGGGCUUCAGUUGAGAGGUUCCACAACAUCUUCCUCACAAAGGAGAUCGUCUCUCCCAAGAUCGUGAACAAGGACCUCUUCAAAUCGGCGACCUAUGCCCCGAGUAAGUCUAUGUUCUUUCACGAUGAGACUCGUUUUUCCCAUCUCCGGUUUGCCAUCCCCAUUAUGCAUAUCCUUGCACAUUGCAAAAUAGACUUUACUCGAGACACUCAGGUGCCGGUUAAGAAGACGUGUUUCAUCACUGAAGCCAAGUUUUCCCGGAUCAUGUAUCGAGAGGAGGGCGAUGCUGCACCAAAUCUGGACUUGGUCAUCGCCGAAGAAGAAGAAGAAAGCCAAAACGAGAAUCAAGCUGAGUCAUCUCAAGCCGGAGGUAGUCGAGCCACGGAGCGCGUCACUCGUCAGCCGAGGACUCGUCCGAGAGAAGAAGCACCGGAACCUUCUUGGGUGAAGAAGAUCUUCGAUACUCUCACGUGCAUCCGAGAUGACGUUCGCCAGCUCAACGAGAGGAUGACUCGUCUUGAGCAAUCUCGCUCCUACCGUGGCCCGCGUCACAGCUUUGGCGGAGGAGCUCGUCCGGCAAACUCUCUUUGAUUGUUAUUUUCUCUUGACUCAUUAUGAUACAUUGUUAUUUGUUUUGACUCUUUUGGUGGAUGAUGAUGUUUCCUUUCGAUGAUGCUAGUCGAUAUUAAUUGCUUAUGUAUUAAUAUCAUUGUUAGUUUGGCAAUAUUGUUCUUGUUUAGAACAUAUUGUCCCUUUGUGGCAUUUUACAAACUCUCUUUUAAAGAAAACUCUUACAAUUCU